AUGCCAUGGAGGGUUGCUAAAGAGUGCUAUGCUGAGAGCAACUGGAACCAAAGAGCAACCGAAACUGAAGGCUCAGAAUUGUAUCAGCACAACGUAAAAGUUGGUGGAGGCCAAUGGCAGCUGACUGGACCAGACGAUUCCAUCAAGGCUUUCGUGGGAGAGGAUGUGGUGUUCUCAUGCUCGCUCUCUCCUAAGACAAAUGCAGAGGCCAUGGAAGUGCGGUUCUUCAGGAAUCGCUUCUCUGCCAUAGUCCACCUCUACAAGGCAGGGAAAGAUCAAGAAAGUGUGCAGAUGGCAGAGUAUCAGAAAAGAACUGAGUUGCUGAAGGAUGGCAUUGUUGAUGGAAUCGUGUCCCUGAAGCUAAAGGAAGUCACUUUCCCAGAUGCUGGCCAAUGGCAGGUGAUCGGGCCACAGAAUUCCAUCAAGGCUUUCGUGGGAGAGGAUGUGGUGUUCUCAUGCUCACUCUCUCCUAAGACAAAUGCAGAGGCCAUGGAAGUGCGGUUCUUCAGGAAUCGGUUCUCUGCCAUAGUCCACCUCUACAAGGAAGGGAAAGAUCAAGAAAAUGUGCAGAUGGCAGAGUUUCAGAAAAGAACUGAGAUGCUGAAGGAUGGCAUUAUAAAUGGAAUCGUGUCCCUGAAGCUAAAGAAAGUCACUCCCUCAGAUGCUGGCUUUUAUGGAUGCUGGUUCAAUUCUAAAACUCAUCAAGAAGAGGCCACCUGGAAACUGGAGGUGUCAGCUAAAUGGCAGGUGAUCGGGCCACAGAAUUCCAUCAAGGCUUUCGUGGGAGAGGAUGUGGUGUUCUCAUGCUCACUCUCUCCUAAGACAAAUGCAGAGGCCAUGGAAGUGCGGUUCUUCAGGAAUCGGUUCUCUGCCAUAGUCCACCUCUACAAGGCAGGGAAAGAUCAAGAAAAUAUGCAGAUGCCAGAAUAUCAGGAAAGAACUGAGUUGCUGAAGGAUGGCAUUGUUGAUGGAAUAGUGUCCCUGAAGCUAAAGGAAGUCACUCCCUCAGAUGCUGGCAUGUACGGAUGCUAUUUUAACUCCAGAACACAUUCAGAAGAGGCCACUUGGCAGCUGGAGGUGUCAGAAAGAAUUAUACAAGAAGAAAUAAUAGUGAAGAGACAAGACCAGGACGUAGUGAACAGGCUCAAGGUGCAUAUCAGCAAGCUCUCCAUGUCUCUCCUGAAAGCGAUAACCUUCAAGAAUACUCACCAAAAUCAAGUGGCUUCCUGUGAACGAGAGAUGGCAGAUUUCUCAGUCUCCCUGGACUUCUCACGGUUAGCACUUCUGUCCAGCAGUCUCUUCCUCGGCCUUCUUCUCCUCCUGCUCCAGCCUGGAAAGCUAAACUCAGAGGAGGUGAAGGUAUUAGGCCCAGAACCUUCCAUUGUGGCCCAUGUUGGGCAAGAUGUGGAGUUCCAGUGCCACCUGUCACCGUACCUGGAUGCAGAGGACAUGGAAAUCCGCUGGUUCCGCAGCCAGGCCUCAGAAGUAGUACACCUGUACCAGCACCGACAAGAGCUGAAUCACCUGCAGAUGACACAGUUCCAGAACAGGACCAAACUCCUGAAAGAUGACAUCACUGUUGGAAGUGUGUAUCUGCAGCUCCACAACAUCAUGCCCUCAGACAAUGGUACUUAUGGGUGUCACUUCCUCUCCAGCAACUUCUCCAGCAAAGCUGUGUGGGAACUGGAAGUAGCAGGGAUAGGCUCUGAUGUUCACAUCUCCUUGGAAGGGUUCAAGAAUGGAGGUAUUCAGCUGAGUUGCAGGUCCCAUGGCUGGUACCCAAAACCCAAAAUUCAGUGGAGAGACCAUCAGGGGAAGUGUCUGCCUCCAAAGGCUGAAGCCAUUGUCCAGAAUGCCCAGGGCCUAUUCGGUCUGGAAACAUCUGUGAUCGUUCCAAGAGGUGCUCACAGAAAUGUGUCCUGUUCCAUUCAGAACCCUUUGCUGAAUGAGAAAAAAGAAUGUGUAGUCCAGAUUGCAGAUGAGUUUCUACCCAGAACUUCUCCCUGGAAGGGAGCUUUUCUUGGAAUGCUGGUAGGGCUGCCUCUGCUCCUGGCUGGCCUCACAACACUGGGAGUGUACUUCUUCCAGAAGCAACGGAAAUUUCAAGAAAAGUUCAAGAAGCAGAAAGAGAAUGAACAAGGCAAACUGAAGACAGAGCUGGAAAAACUUCAGAUGGAACUUGAUUGGAGAAGGACCGAAGGCCAGGCUGAGUGGCGAGCAGCUCAACAAUAUGCAGUGGAGGUGACCCUGGAUCCAGCCACAGCACAUCCCAGCCUGGAGGUUUCAGAGGAUGGCAAGAGUGUACGCUCCCUUGGCACCACUUCAGGCUGGAAGCCGUGCGACCCACAACGCUUCUCAGACCAGACAUGUGUGCUGAGCCACCAGCGCUUCUCUACAGGCCGUCACUCCUGGGAGGUGCACGUGGGCUGCCGCAGCCGCUGGUUUCUGGGAGUCUGUCUGGCCACAGUGCCGCGGACAGGACCUGUGCGCCUGAGCCCGGCUGGAGGUUACUGGGUUAUGGGACUGUGGAACGGUUGCGAGUACUUCGUCCUGGACCCGCAUCGCGUCUCGCUUACCCUACGUGUACCACCAAGACGUGUGGGCAUCUUGUUGGACUGCGACGCAGGAAAGCUGUCCUUCUUCAAUGUGUCCGAUGGCUCCCACAUCUUCACCUUCACCGACACGUUCUCUGGGCAGCUCUGCGCCUAUCUCAGACCCAGAGCUCCCGAUGGCAGUGAAAAUCCAGAUCCUCUAACCAUCUGCCCAUUGCCGGAUAAAGGCAGACGCAUCCCCGCGGAGGACAAUAAUGACUGCUGGUUGCAGCCUUAUGAGCCUUCGGACCCCUCCCUGGGGGUGUGGUGAGCUCACGAGUGGGGUUCUUGGCAGCUUCCCGGGGACCCCCUGCUGCUUUGCGCUUGUGCUUGCUGUAGAGUCGAAUGCUUCCAAUGAAAUGAUCUGUGGGGUGUGUGUGUGAGAGAGAGAGA